UAGGUUCCAGGAAAGGCAUUUGUUUCCCCCGUGCCUGCCUGAAACCCACUCACAGGCAUCAGGGACUGGGCUGGAGAAGAGAAGGAGCAAAGGAGACCAUGGUACAGAGAGUGGCAAUCAUUGGAGCUGGCGUGAGUGGACUGGCCUCCAUUAAGUGCUGUCUGGACGAGGGAUUGGAGCCCACCUGCUUCGAGAGAAGCGAUGACAUCGGAGGGCUCUGGAAAUUCACAGAACAUGCCGAGGAAGGUAGAGCCAGCAUUUACCGCUCCGUGUUCACCAACUCCUGCAAAGAAAUGAUGUGUUUCCCUGACUUCCCUUUCCCUGAUGAUUUUCCAAAUUACAUGCACAAUUCAAAGCUCCAAGAGUACAUCAGGAUGUAUGCCAAGCACUUUGCUCUUUUAAGAUAUAUAAAGUUCAAGACUAUGGUCAGCAGUAUAAAAAAACGCCCCGAUUUCCCUGUCACCGGACAGUGGGAUGUUAUUACAAAACAGGACGGGAAGGAAGAGUCAGCUGUAUUUGAUGCGGUUAUGGUUUGUUCGGGGCAUCAUGUGUAUCCAAAUUUCCCAGUUGAUUGCUUCCCUGGGUUAAAGACGUUUAAAGGUAGCUACUUCCACAGCCGGGAAUACAAGGAACCGGAAAAAUUCAAGGGGAAGAGAGUGCUUGUGAUUGGACUGGGAAACUCUGGUUCAGACAUUGCUGUGGAACUCAGUCACACGGCCUCACAGGUUUAUCUCAGCUCUAGAAGCGGCUCCUGGGUGAUGAGUCGCGUCUGGGACAAUGGCUACCCCUGGGAUAUGUUGACUGUGACUCGCUUUGAAACCUUUCUCAGGGAUACCCUUCCCACCUCCGUCAGCGACUGGCUGUACGUGAGGAGGAUGAACAAGUGGUUUAAGCAUGAGAACUACGGCCUGAUGCCUUUGAACAGAACCAGCCGUAAAGAGCCAGUGUUCAAUGAUGAUCUCCCAAGCCGCAUCACAUGUGGAACAGUGGUGGUGAAACCCAAUGUGAAGGAAUUCACGGAAACCUCAGCUAUAUUUCAGGAUGGGACUGUGCAGGAAAACGUUGAUUUUGUCAUCUUUGCAACAGGCUACAGCUACUCCUACCCCUUCAUGGAAGACAACGCUAUCAUCAAAUGCAGAGACAACGAGGUCACUUUGUACAAGGGCAUCCUUCCUCCUCGACUCGAGAAGCCAACCAUGGCUGUCAUUGGCCUGGUCCAGUCGCUUGGUGCAAUUAUUCCAACAUCAGAUCUCCAAGCUCGCUGGGCUAUAAGGGUGUUUAAGGGGUUAUAUAAGCUUCCCCCAGUGAAUGACAUGAUGGAAGAUAUUGAUGAAAAAAUGGGGAAAAAGCUCAAAUGGUAUGGGCAGAGCAAUACCCUACAGACAGAUUAUAUUUCCUACAUGGAUGAACUCGCCUCUGCUAUUGGUGUGAAGCCCAAUUUUCCACUGCUGUUCCUGACGGAUCCAAGGCUGGCCCUGGAAGUGUACUUUGGCCCAUGCAGUCCAUACCAGUUUUGUCUGAUGGGACCGGGGAAGUGGGAUGGAGCCAGAAAUGCCAUCCUGACCCAGUGGGACCGGACGCUGAAGGCUACGAGGACCCGAGUCGUACAUGAUUCUCAGAAACAUUUCCCCGUCUUGAAUUUGCUUAGAAUACUUGCGCUCCCUCUUCUCCUUCUUGCUGUUUUUCUGAUGUUUAACUAAUCAACAAUUUUAAGGCUCUCAACAUGAAAUUAGUGAAUAGAAAGGAAAAUUCUUCCUGAGAAAGGAGAGGAGGGAAUCCUACUACUUCAUAUCGGUUCUGACCUACCAUGUGUGCAGAUAGAGAUGUUGAUAGAUAGAUAGA